AUGGCGAAGUCGCUGUUAAUCCGUCGUGUUCGGAGAUCGCUUCUUAAGACUAACCUCUCAGCCACCACCUGCUCCUUCUCUUCGUCUGUCUAUUCUGGUUGCUGGCGUGGACCAAUCAAUGUCGGAACCGUCGUGAAUUCAGCUCGCAGACGCCACGACGUCGGGGGAUUAUUAGUUUCUGGCUGUCUCUCUUUGCCGGAUUCUUCAUCUCCACCGUCUUCUAUCUCUGGUCCGAAGACGAAACUGUAUGUGAGUGGAGACUUGAUGACAAAGGGUUUGAUGUAUGGAUUUGCUUUCCUGAGGUAUGAGACUGAGGAGGAGUCACUGAAAGCUAUUCAAGGGAUGCACGGAAAGAUAACUCGGUCUAAGUCUUGAGUUGGGUUUCUUUGCGGCAGGAGUGAUGGAUGAUCUCAACAACUGAUCUCGCCCAGCACACUCUUGAACAAAUAAGAUGUCAAUUUUUGCUCUUCGAACUUGAGGAUCUUCUCCCAAGUUUGAGUCUUUCGAACUUGACGAAGUGUUUCGUACUUGGUGGAAACGAUCCGCAACUUUUUUGCAGCGCUGUUCCUUGCGAGUACUGGAAUGUUAAUAAAUAUGCACUUCUUGUGGAACCAUGUUGACAUUCUGGUUGCAGCAGUGUUACUGGUGAUAGUGAUAAAGACUGGUAGUUGCAAUCGUUGUUAAAGUGUUCGGAAACAAUAACAAAACUGCAGUACUUGUUGGAAUGUCGCAAAUAAUCUAUGUUCUCCUGUUUCUCUACACACCUUUGGCACAAACUCAGCUUUUUGAUUUUUAAGAACCUUAAAAUAAGAGACUUGCAAUGGAGACAUAAAAGUCUCAAGGUUCUUAACUAAAUCUCUUAAACAAUUUUAUUCCUUAAAUACUAUUAAAAAAUAAUUAAGAGACCCUUAAUGGGUCUCUAGGAUAAUGGUGCUCUGAGGCUUCACCUUCCACACUAAUUUUCUUUUGACAUUUUUAGAUAUCAUCUUUGGUUUUUGUUUGUUCUUUUUUUCUUCCAAAUAUUCACGAAGACAAGAUUUUCCAGAAGCUGUACUUUACGGCCUGUACAUUAUAACUCCUGAACUGGUGCUAGUCACUAGUAAAUAUAGUUGUUUAUAAGAUUUUACCUA